AAAAAAAAAGAAAUAAUAUGAAAUUUAUCUAUAUACAUUAUAUCUAUCGGAAUUUAUGUUAUAUUCUUCACAACCAAGUCAGAAUCUUAAUUUCUGUUGAUUCACUUUCGUUAGAAUUAAGACCAGUUGAUAUCGGGAUCAAUAGGAUCAAUAGGAUUAAAACCAUCAAGUUCUUGAAUUACUUGGUCAAUAUAUGGUUCGUUUUGCCAGCAUUCUAAUUAUAUACUUACUUUUAUAAAGCGAAACAAAUUUAUCAUUUGUGCUUGGAAUAGGA